AUGGCAGAAGCUAUCAAGCGCCUCUCCGUUACUGAAAAGCAACAGCAGACAGCUAGUCUUUCGAUCGAAGAUGCUGGCCCAUAUCUUUGGUACAGAGGUGUUUUCUUCCAAGCCACUGUAGUGGGUCUCUGCGCAUUUGCUGCGCCUGGACUAUGGAAUGCGAUGCAGUCUGUCGGAGCGGGUGGUCAGCAAACACCAUACCUAGUAAUGGCCGGAAAUGCAGUUCUCUUCACUCUCAUGACAUUUACCUGCUUGAGCGGAUCCGUACUCAUCAACCAUAUCGGUCUACGACACACAAUGGCAAUAGGGACUACCGGAUAUGCUCUCUACUCUGCUGCGCUGUACCAAAACAACAGAUACGGCACGCAAUGGUUCAUUUACCUUGGCUCUGCUGCGUGCGGCAUCACCGCUGGCUUCUUCUGGGCGGCGGAGGGCGCAAUCAUGCUAAGCUACCCACCACCUGAGAGCCGCGGUAGAUACCUUGCGUACUGGCUCGCGUACCGUAAUAGCGGCGCAAUCUUGGGAGGCGCGAUCAAUCUUGCGUUCAACUACAGUGGAAGGAGUCUUGGCAAACUGAACUGGAAAACUUACAUCGUGUUUGUCGUGCUCCAAUGUCUGGGCCCGGCCGUUGCGCUGCUACUGUCUAACCCUGAUAAGGUUCAGCGUAAGAACGGUACCAAAGUCAAGGCCAUUCCCAAGGUCCCAGCCAAGGUCGAGAUAAAGGAAACAUUAAAAUUACUGCUUCGAAAGGAAAUGUUGCUUCUGGUUCCCUACUUUUGCUACGUUACAUGGUCGCUACCUUACAUCGGAUCUUACAUGUCGCUAUACUUCUCAGUCAGAUCUCGAGCUCUUGCUUCGCUUGUAACAGCGCUCGCUCAAGUCGUUGCUACAGGCAUCAUGGGAUCAUUCCUGGACUGGAAACGCUUGUCAAUAAACCAGCGAGCUCGCUUUGGCUUCCUUGGCAUGAUGGCGUUGAGUGGUGGAAUAUGGAUAUGGGCCAUCGUUAUCCAACAAAAGUAUCAAAGGAACAAGCCGGCACUUGACUGGGCAGACAGACAGUUCGGUGAAGGCUGGGCCCUAUACGUGUUCCAGCAGGUGGAGUUUGCGUUGACAUACAAUUACGGUUACUGGCUGAUGAGCUUCCUUGCUAAGAAGCCAGCGGAGGUGGUCAGGUACACAAGCGUCGCGAGAGGUGUAGAAGCUGCUGGACAGUGCAUCGCAAGCGGUAUCAGCUCUACCAGAACUGCACCCAUCGUUUCAGCCGGUCUCAUUAUGGCAUGGUGGGGCAUUGCCUUGCCCUUGGGAUUUCUGGUCGUGCGCAAAGUAGGUAUUGAACAUGUCGGAGCUGAAGGUUACGUUCCGGAGAAGAAAUCCGUACGAGACGAUGUUGGGUCUGAUUCUGAACGCGCAAACGUUUAG